AGGGUGAUGGUUGUGGUGAGAGCUAGUGAUCGGCGGCGUAUAGGGUGAAUGGGUGAUGUUGGUGGUGAGAGGCGGCGUAUAGGAUGAAGGGGGUGGUGCUGAUGAGCUUCGGUGUACAGGUUGAUGGUGUGGUGGUGUCGUGGUGAGAGGCUUCGCUUCCAGCUAGAAAAACAAAGAAGAGAGUAGGCUCUGAUGGUGUCUGGAACAGAUAAAGAUAAAGGAAGAAGAGUGUAGGUGCUGAUAUAAAGGCAAAUAGGUGUCGAAAGAAGCGUUUUUUCAACUAUUAUCUUGUGGUUAAUAACUGCUAAAACAUUGGGUGGUGAAUUUAUGGAACCAAAUCAACGACACCAAGAAAAAAAAACAAGCCAUGCAUCCAAAAUCUAAAUUAUAGGAUUACCGUCAAUUGGUUGUUUAUAUAUUACCAUCCCACCCCAAAACAUCCCUCCAAAUAUUUCAGUUUCCUUCUAUAUCUCAUUUCUUUCCUUAAUCGAUAAUAUUAAGGAGAGAAGGAAAAUCACAGGUAUGGGAGAUGAAACGCAAUAGCUAAUUUUUCUUUCUUAAUAUAUAUAUAGCUAGGUAUCAGAUUAUAUAAUUAUGGCUAAUAAGAUCGUCAUCUCCAUCCUAUCCUUGGUCUUGGUUGUCGCUGCCGUCCUAGGCGUGGUUGCCGUCAUCAAAAGCAGCGGAAGCAAAUCCGAUAAAGAUCUUUCGACCAGCAACAAGGCAGCCGACAGCGUUUGCAAACCAACCGAGUAUAAAGAGGCUUGCAAGAAAGUAGCGGUGGAAGUGGCCAAGAACUCCUCCGCCACCCACGAGGACUACAUCAUUGCAACCAUUCGUGCAACCGCUGAUGAAUUACAAAAAGCCCUUAAAAAAGCCUCCACUGCCAAGGAUGAUUUGGAUGAUGACGAUAAAAAGGAUUCCCCCUCCCAUCGUGACCUUGAGACAUGUGAGAAAAUGUUAGGAUAUGCCAAAGAUGAGCUUCAACAGGUUCUUAAGGUUGUCUCUGAGACUGAAGCAGUCUCUCUGGCCCAACAGAUCGAUCCAAUCCUUGUUUGGUUGACGGCCGUUCGUGCAUACCAGACGACAUGUGUUGAAGAGAUCAGGGACGAAAAACUCAAAAAGGACAUGCAAGAAGGUCUGGAAACGUCCAAUGAGCUUACUUAUAAUGCACAAAAGAUUGUGUACAAUGUUCUUGAUAUCCUUAAGGAUAUCGGAGUUGACUUGGGUGAAUUGGGUGACUUGCAGCUCCCUCCCACCGGAUCACGUAGGCUUCUUGAUGAACUCCAUGAGAUUGAGCAUUAUGGCUUUCCAUCGUGGGUCUCUACCAACGAUCGUAAGCUUCUCGGAUCCAAGAAGGGCGGAGGUGGUAAGCUCAAACCAAAAGGCCAAGCGAUCUUCAAAACUCCCCCGCCUCCUCCUCUUCCUCCGACUGUCACGCCUAACGCAAUUGUCGCUCAAGAUGGAAGCGGAAAAUUUAAAAGCAUCAAACAAGCUCUAGCUGCUUAUCCUCCAAAUCAUCAAGGAAGAUAUAUAAUCUAUGUUAAGGCCGGUGUGUACAACGAAGGUCAAAUCAUUGUUGGAAAGACACAGAAUAACGUCUACAUGUACGGAGAUGGUCGCACCAAAACCAUCAUCACCGGAACCCUAAACUUUGGAAUUCAAAAAAUUUCAACCUCCCAAACUGCAACUGUAGUUGCCUUAGGAGAAAGGUUCAUGGCUAGGGCUAUAUGCUUUAGAAACACAAUCGGACCAGCAGGACACCAAGCUGUUGCAUUUCGAUCUCAGUCCCCUCACACUGUUAUGGUCGAUUGCAGCUUCGAGGGUUACCAGGACACCUUGUAUUACCACGCCCAUGACCAGUUCUACAAGAAUUGUGCCAUAUCCGGAACUGUGGACUUCAUCUUUGGGUUUGGACGGGCUUAUAUCCAAGACUCGGAAAUCUUCGUUCGAAAGCCAGACAAAAAUCAGGCAAGCAUGGUAACAGCUGAUGGAAGGACGAAAUUUGAAGAAGCGGGUGGUGUGGUGCUUCACAAUUGCAAGAUCAUGCCAGCUCCGGAGUUGGCUCCGGUGAAGGGACAAUAUGCCUCGUACCUAGGACGACCAUGGAAAGCAUCGGCAACGUCUGUGAUAAUGCAAUGUGACAUAGGAGAUCUAAUCAAACCAGAAGGUUGGACGGUGUGGGAAUCGCCUGAGGGGAAGAACAACCACAUGUCAUGUAUGUUUAGGGAGUUUGGCAACAGGGGACCAGGUUCCAACAUGGCAGGUAGGGUAAAGUGGAAGGGGUUUCAACCAAUCAAAAGCCAAAAGGAAGCAUUGGGUUUUACAGCUGGCACAUUCAUGAUGGCAGGAGCUUGGUUACCUCAGUAUGGUGUAAAAGCUAAUCUUGGGCUAUAAUAGUAUUUAUUUUUCUCUUCCAUUUGGUAGCAAGGCAGGCAUGUAAACAUCACUUUAUUUUUAAACCUAUAAAUAUAAUCAAAUCUAU